GGGUGAGGAGGGGGUGAUAAGGAGGACGCAAGCGCGGACCUAUCGACCAGCUAACCCUCCGGGUAACACCCUCGCGAUCCUCGGCCGAGGCUCACUGCUUCACCGGCAAACUAGUAGGUAGUACACGCACGCGACACAGAUUUCAACUUGGAUUGUUUAGUUUCUCCUUCCUCACCUCUCUUAUUUCAUCCUUUCCUUUCGGAUUACCUUACGUUCAACUGUUAUUCCACAAACUCGGCAAGGGAACGCAACAUCUCGUUCGAACGCACAUUGUCGAGCGAAGAAGAGAUCACGUCGGCGAGACGACGUCCUUUCCGAUAACCGCCGCGUUUACGAGAAAGGGACAGACAGAAGGGGGAGAGCGUAGCGGUGUCCACGCCAACGAAAACACCAACGAAGCGGAAUUCUGCGGUUUUCGCGAGGAGGGCGAGGUCGGUGUUAAACCAGCAAGAUUACCGGCCGCGGCGGUUGCGCCAAAUACUGUGGUACAGCUACUUCACCCGGCAACAUUUCAUUCUCCAGCUUUCGACAGUCCUUCACCUCCAAUGUUAACUACCUGAAACGGAGUUUGUCUUCCAGGUUCUCGUCAGGGGAUUUGAGCUCGGAGCUCGACGAUGAACCAAGCACAGACUCCGGGCUGGCCUCCAUGGCCAGGGAUUCGUCAUCCCAAUCGUAUCAAGCGGUGCCCGAACGCCCGUUGCAGUCCCAACCUACGCCGGUUCCGCCGGCCAGCCAACCGCCCGUCCCCGGGGCACCACCGCCCGGACCCCCUCAACCCGUCGGCGGUGAUCUCAGUCUCAACCUGAGACCGGGCUCCAGAACUACCAGUGCUCCAUCCUCGCCUGCCAAGACCAGGGAAAGUUUGCUCCAGAGGGUUCAGAGCUUGACAGGGGCUGCUCGGGAUCAGGGUGCAUCGAUUCUGGGAGCGGCAGUGUCGGGCGCAACCAGAGGACCCUCAUACAACAAAGAUAGAUGCUUCACCUUGCUGGUCAUAGACGACCAAAACACCGACUGGAGCAAAUAUUUCCGGGGUCGUAGGCUUCACGGCGAUUACGAGAUCCGCGUUGAACAGGCGGAAUUUCGGGAAUUGUCGUUGACAGCCAGCGAGACUGGCACCAUUGUGUCCAUGGCGGUUUAUCGUAACGGGACCAAAGUCAUCCGAUCCUUCAAGCCCGAUUUCGUUCUGAUACGACAAAACCUAAAGGACGCGGGAGAAGAUUACAAGAAUCUUCUUCUCGGUUUGAUGUACGGCGGUGUGCCGAGCGUUAACAAUCUCACGGCAAUUUACAACUUUCAGGAUAAACCCUGGGUGUUCGCGCAUCUUCUGGGACUUCAACGUCGUUUAGGAAAGGAUAACUUCCCGUUGAUCGAGCAAACUUACUAUCCCAACCAUCGUGAAAUGGUGAGUGCAUCUCGUUAUCCAGUCGUGGUGAAACUUGGACACGCCCACGGAGGAGUGGGAAAAGCCCGUGCCGAGACGAAUCAAGAGUUUCUAGAUCUCGCCUCUUUGGCUGCUUUGGCCAACGCUUACUGCACGUCGGAACCGUAUGUCGAUACCAAAUAUGACGUCCACGUGCAGAAAAUAGGCAAUAACUACAAGGCGUUCAUGCGGAAGAGCAUAAGCGGAAACUGGAAAUCUAACACCGGUUCGGCGAUGUUGGAGCAAUUAGCCGUGAGCGAGAGACAUCGCGCCUGGGUCGACCAGGUGGCCCAAUUGUUCGGCGGGUUGGACAUCUGCGCGAUCGAGCUGUUGGUCGGCAAGGAUGGCCGAGAGUACAUAAUCGAAGUGAACGACAGCGCGUUAUCGUUAAUGGGGGACUCGCAGGAGGAGGAUCGUCGCCACAUCGCGGAUCUUGUCACCGCCAAAAUGCAGGCAUUUUGCCGGCCGCCGAGCGUUUUGACGAAAACAACAUCGAGGGGAUCGAUGUCCGGCUCGAGCCAAGCGACGAGUCCGGUCGAGGAUCGCGCGCCACCACCGACCACAGCUCCGUUGGGAUCGCACGGCAGCAUGGGAUCGAUGGCUAGCAUAGGAAGCUUGGGCUCGGUAGGCUCGAUGACGGCAGUGGCCGGCGACGUAACCACCUCUGACAGCCACCAUCAGCUGCAACGACGCGAUUCUCAAGCAUCGCAAUCGAGCACGGUGAGUAGCGCGCCGUCGGUCGGCCGACGCCAAGAUGAAGCUCCACCAUCGAGAGUACCUUUCCACAGACAAGGUAGCCAAUCACAGAGCGAGGACACCGAGGAUACUAUGAAGAAUCUUCGGAAAACGUUCGCAGGAAUCUUCGGAGACAUGUAAAUUUCUGCCAUGUGAAUUUUUGUGCACUGAAACAAAGGAGGCAAACAAUUGUUAUUAUACAAAUUUAAAUUGGCACGAAGGAAACGUGAUAUAUGUAUAUUCGAUGAAUCAUAUUUUCUUUGUUGGAUAGUUUUUAUUCUUUUAUGGAUAGUUUCGUAAUUAAUUAUCUUUAAGGAUCUUUUUCUUCUUUCUUUCUUUGGAAAAUAUUCGACAGUUUCGUUUCCUUUUUUUGAUUACUUCAUGGAAUGAAUUAUCGGAAUGGAUUGGAUGAAGGCACGACGAGGAUAUAUUUGCAGAUCAUCGAGCUGAUUUAAAUGACGCUCGCGUCCCACACAGGGCUCGCGCUAUGUAACUGAUUGUAAAUUUUGCUAACGGUCCACGGCGAUGUGUAUAAACAUGAACAUAACACUCUUUGAAAUCUCAUUUGACAACUCGUUUCUUCCGAUUAAUUUCUCUCUUUAUCCUUGAUCAAUUAAUCAAUUAAUUGAAACGGAAAGUUAAAACUUAUUCUCGCGUUAGAAAUUCUCGCUAAUCGCCUAUUAUACCCCAAUACUUAAUUAUUAUUAUUAUUAAUAAAUAAUCUUAAAUACCGCGUAAUUAAAAGCAUCGGUUUCGAAUAUUAUUAAUACUAAUAACGUAUUUUCGAUAUAGGGGUGGGUGGUGAGCAAAAAUUAAACGGGGGUUUAAAAAAAAAAAAGGAAGAAAAAGAAGAUAAAGUCGUGGUCGUUUAUGUAUAUUAAAGAAAAAAAAAAAAAAAGAAAAGAGUAUAAAAAAUAAAAAAAAAUAAUAAAUAAAUCGUAAUGUAGAUUCUAUGUAUUCGAUGUAUUAUUCAGCAUUUACAUAGUUGGUUAGGGAAAAUUCUCUCAGGUUAAAAGAAGAAAUGAUUAAAAAAAAGGGAGGGGAGGGAAAAUAAUAAUAAUAAUAAUAAUAAUAAUAACAAUAAUAAUAAUAAUAAAUAAUUAAAUAAAUAAAUAAAUAAAUAAAUAAAUAAAUACUUUUCCAAGUGUGUCCGGUUAUGUUUCGUUACCAUCGACGUAUCCGUUCUGCAUAUAACUCGUCUCGUUUACGGGAACUCCGCCACUUGGUUUUUCGAUUCCAACAGGCAACAGAUACCAUAGGCCCCUGUCAUCUCCUCAUCCGACUUUACUUCAGGCGUCCACUUUUUAGGCUUAACUUUCGAUUAAUAGCAUUGUCUAAAGGCGAGGGAACGGGAAAGUGAAGGGGAGGAAAAAAGAAAAAAGAAAAAGAGAGAGGGAGGAAGGGAAAGAGAGAGAGGCGAAAGCGGGAAGAGAGGAUAGAGAGGGGAGGAAAAAAAAAGAAGAAAAAAAAAAACGAUGGGUUAUAAAUUAAAACGGGUGAUGGAAAUUCCUGCAGUAAAAUACAUAUUUGUAAAAUUAAUUAAAAAGUAUUUGUAAACCGACGUCAUUCAAUACGAUGAUUGAGGAAAACAAAAAAAAGAGGAGAUUCGGGCAUUAUUAUACUGAACAUUCGGCUAGAGAAAGACUUCUGCAUCGAUCGGUCGCCGCGUGAAAAAGAAGAAGAAAAGAAAGGAAAUCUCGAUUUCGAAAAAAAAAAAAAGAAAAUCGCGCCCCGACCACGAAGAACACGAUCGACGAGUCUGUAUCUUAAGCGCACAAAUAGUCAUUAAGAUUUCGAGAGACCGGGCAGUACUUUGACAUCGUGCAUGUGAACAGCGCAAACGUUUGGAUUAAACGGGACUCGGGAAGAGGAAAAUUUAUUCCGCAGAGUCGUCGGUCCGUUUCUUUCGAAAAAAAUUUAAAUUUCGGCCCGCUAAAAGUAAAAAAAAGUCCGCUCGACCGACGGCCUUUCGAUUUGGAUUGUUGAAAAAGAAAAAGAAAAAAAGAAAGAAAAAGAAAAAGAAAAUUCAUCGUCUCGAAACAGUAGCGAGCAUCUCGAUGUUGAAAACUGUCCUGCAAUUUCCGAUGACGAACUGCUUCUUUUUCUUAAAUUUUCACGCACACGUGUACAAAAUCAUUUCGUAGAUGAGAGAAAGAGAAAAGAAAGAGAAAAGAAAAGGGGAGAGAUUCGGCAAUGCUUGCUUGCUGAAAAUUCACGAAAAACGAGAUGUUCGUUGUUCCGUAGGCUUUAAGAACAUUACCGAUGAAAUCAAAAUGUAAUAAAAAGAAAAAAAAAAGAAACGGGUUCGUGAACUAGGAACGGGAACCGAAAGGGAAAGCGCGGCCACAAAUCGCCGCAAGAAUGAUAAAAUGUUAUUACAUGGGCAUUCUCAGUAAUCUCGAUUUUUGCGAAAAUCCUGGCAAAAAUCCGAGCAAAAACACCGAGCAAAUUUUUUGACGAUCUGCAAAUAUAAUCUCGCGUUUCCUCAUUCCUUCGUUCGUUCGUUCGUUUUCUAGAUUCGAACUCCUUUGACUCGGUGCACGAAAAUCGAAAAGGAUCCGCGUUUCAAUGUUGAAUCAAAAAAAAAAGAAAAAAAAGGAAAAAAAAAAGAAAAAAAAGAAAAUCGGUCGACGAGAGAGCAAGAAAGAAAACAAAAAAAAAAAAAGAAAAAGAUAAGGAAAAGAGAGGGAACGAAACUUCUUUAUCCAAUGAUCUCAAUUUACCUUAGCAUAAGGGCUGAUAAACGAUGUAUUAUCGACGAAUUGGACGGGAGGACCUCGUGGUGUCAGCUUUUGGAAAGGAACGAGAACAAUUUCCAUUAUUCCGUUUAACAUUUCUCGAUUUCGAUGUUUUCGCGAAACGAUUUUAAUUCACAAUUUUCGUUUCCCUCGAACACCUUCGUCAAUUGCGCGAGGAUACAGUAGAGGGGAGGAAGGGGAGAGAAAGAGAGAGAGAGGAGGAGGAGGAUUGCGUAGGAUCGUAGAUAAAGGAACGUGUAUUGCCUUCUUUCGUUUCCAUUUUUCUUCUCUCGAUUUAGCAGUACCGAAUUUUAGAAAUUAUUGACGAGGUUAUACGAACGAUAAACGCAAAGACGUGAAUUUAGUCCAUCCUCUCUAUUGCACAAUUAUAUACAUCGAUCGAACACUCCCUGUGCGUGUAUCUAGUUUUAGUUGAUAAGUUAGUUGUUAUCCGUUGAAAGAGAAAGAAAGAGAAAGCGAGAGAUGAAAGAACAAUGGAGGAUGAAUCAAAAAACGGAACCCACGAGUCACGAGUUAAUUUCGAUAUGUAAUAGACGUCCGACGGUUUGAUUUUUGAUGUGCCUUGAUAACUUAAGUGCCCUUCUUGUCACCCGUUUCUCACUCCGAUUCGAAGCAGUCCAAAAGUACGCGUUUCAACAGUACACGAACAAAAAUGUACACAACCGUUGCACUUAAUCACGAGAUCUCUAUGUUGUUUGUACUUUUUAUACACCUCGAAAACGCGUGCACCCCGCAUCGUUUUUUACCCUUCUCGCAUAUCAUCAUCAUCAUCGUUGCAACGAGCUUGCUUGUUGAUUGCGAGCAUCUCAAAAUAUCACGUGGAUAAGUGCAGGUACACCGUCCAAGUUUUCACGAUCAACAACAAGCGAACAACCCUCUUAUCGAUAUUCGCAAAGAUAAUCAAUCACGCAUUUUCUUCUCUUCUCCGUUCUUUUCACUUCGUAUCUAUUAGACAUCCGACGAUUCCUUCGCUUAUUGCUCGUAUUUCGAUUAUUCUCUUUCGAUUAUAUAACUCAUCGAUUUCAACGACAGGCAAUGAUACGUAGAGGAGUAAAGUAAACUUAACUAGAGUUUAAAAAAAAGAGUUUUAGAGUCGUGGCAGGAGGAGUAGAGCAGAAUAUAUGUGUGAGUUAUUAGCUUUUCGAAAUUUAACGAGCUUAGUUCUUAGCAAGCUGAGAUAAUCAGAUAAUCAUAAUUGAUAUUAUCGAGAAAUAGAAAUAUUGGAAUUAUAUUGAUAUUCGAAGAGAUCGAUACUUUAAGGGAUGUUUCGUUUCUUUCAUUUUUCGAUUAUUAUUCGUAGAGCAGGGCAAUGAGGAGGAAGAGGAGGAGGAGGAGGUAGAAUUUAAACAGAAAGUUCUCUUAGAGUCGUGAGAGGAUAGACUGCUAAAACGCUGCCUGAUUCCACGACACGUGUAGUUCAGAAAGUAAUGGAAAUAAUAAUUGCAAGAGAUAAUAGAAACUAUUACUACUAGUAUUACAACUAGCGACAUUGGAAAGUUAAUAAAGUUUAAACGCGAAUAAACGCGAAUGUACGAAGAAGCCCGCGAAAAUAAAAUCCUGGACAAUCUUUUACCUGGAAAAUUGUCGCGAAGUACAAAAGAAAAAAAAAACCCACCCAGAUGAAACGAGAUAAACUGCUUUCCGAGCUGACGCCACGAUGCGAACGAAAUAGAAUAAAAAAAUAAAAAAAUAAAAAAAAAAGGAGAGAAAGCUCGAUAGAUUCGUUUAAAAUGGACGAAUUCGAUCCCUACAGAAUCCGUACUGAUACGUAGACAAGGUUAAAGGUUAUAACGAAUAUCUCAGGGGUGCAAGUUUAAGCACUAGGUAGGAUAGAAAAAAAAAAAAGAAAAAAAAAAAGAAAUAGAACAAAAAAAAAGACGACAGUUAGAAGAGGCAGUUGGGUUCAAGUGUUGUUGCAAUCUCUAGACGAAUAAACGGCAUUGACUUCGAUUACCUACGACGACUAGCGAUUUUAGCGAGCACGCUUUUUCGGGAGAAAUCUUAGCGGUUAUCCGUUCAUAGGAAGCGAAAUUGUAAGCGGAAUCGAACCGGGUAACCAGAUCAUCUGUGAAUCUGUGAAAAUUCGAUAACAACGUUUCUCUGCAACCCAAUCUUUUUUUUUUUUGUGCAAGAAAAAUUAUCGUUUCCAACGAAUAAAUCUGUGGAUUCAACAAUUGUCAAUUAUUGCGGUUUGUUUAGCGAUAUUUUCAAUGCGAAUGAAAUGUAAAAAGGGUUGACGAUUUAGUUAUCGGUUUCGAUUCGAACCACCUUGAUCGUUCUAUGCUGUGUUAUUGUAAUUAUCGUUUUAAUUGAAUAACGAAGAUACGUUUGUCGAGUACGGAUCGAGCGGAUGAUCGAUUCGUAUCACGUAACACCGAACAAAAAAAAAAACGCGAGAGAGCUCACAUCGUUUAAGCAUUUCAGCGGCUUGCUCGAUCAUGCUUCUCAAGAAUCUUCGAUCGACGAGUUUGUAAUUUGUUCUUUCUAGUGCCCGUGUGAUGUAGUGAGCAGCAGCCUGUUUCCAAACAACACCUUUCCAUUAGGUUUCGAUCGUGUUUUCGUGUUACGCGUCACUUUUUAUUUCGUCGUAGCGCGCCACCGCCACCGUCUGUCUGUCUCGGUGGCUCAACUUGUAGCAAGCUGAUAGAUCUUUUUAAUUUCGACGCGAAGAAAGAUUCGCCUCUCGCUGCACACAACGAGAGAUAUCUUUUAUAACGAUUGGCGCGGCCAAAAUUUCCUCAUCUCCAAAAUCUCUGUUUCCUUCUUGCCGGAAAAAAAAAAAUAAUAAUGUUACAAUUAAGCUAAUCUACUUAGGAUCCUUGCGUCACCGUAAUACCGUUGUUUGUUAAGAAUUUACCAUUCAUAGUGUUACUUUAAGAUCGUGGAACUAAUUUAGAUGCCUUGAAUAACGACAUCGUAGAUAUAAGUUCCAACCAAAAAAAAAGUAAAAAACAAAAAAUCAUAAGAAAGAAAAUUAAAAAAACCAAAAAAAAAAAAGAAAGAAAGAAAGAAAGAAAGAAAGGAAAGAAAAAAGGAAAGAAGGAAAAAAGAAAAAAAGAAAGAAGAAACGAAAAGAAGUCGAAGCAAACUGAUGAUAACGCUAACGAGAACGCAAUAUAUCGCGUUAUCGUCGUCGUUUCGAGGCUUCUUUCACUCGAUCCAAAAUCAAUCUCGAUUCGAAAGAAUCGAUGCGUGAUGAAGCUUCGAAACGCAUUCGAUCGUGAAUAGAUUAGAAUACACACUUAUACUCACACUCACACAUACACAUACAUACACGCGCUUAGAAAUAUACGUUCCAGGAGCAUCUCCGCCGAAGAAAAGUAGGUACAUAACGGGCGUACAUAACGUUAUCAUACGUCGAGGCCAAACCGUGUCUCGUGCCAAUCAGAAUUGGCGAUUCCAGCUCAUGGCAUUCGAAUGCCGAUUUAGUGCCUCGUUGCUUUCCCUUCCCACUUACCUUUUUUAAUUUCAAAUUUCGUUUCAUUCAAAUCUCUAUAAAAUAUACACGAUAUAUUUAUACCUUCAAAUCAAUUUCUAUCAAUCAGAUUCUUUCCCCUUAACUUACUUAUUUAUCACUUCCUUCUUUCCCUUGUCUCCCUCCCUCGUUUCUUCUCCAAAACAUUAUUAUUCCCCUGCGAGACGGAAACACCAAGAUAUUAUUAUUAUUAUUAUUAUUAUACGAGAAAUCGUUACAACGAAUCGUGGAAGGGGCGAAUAAUUAUCGAAGCAAUCCUCUCGUCGCGCGGACAGAAUUAGACAGCCGGAUAUCAAUGGCACGAGGAUUUCCACGGUUUCGCCACGAUGAUCGAGAGGCGAACAAGCGCUCGUCACCGCCUCUUAAUUAUUCAAUGUCUCUGUGUAAACGAACAUAAAGGUUAAACAAUAGCGUUAAACGAAGAAUUAAAAGAAGAAAUCGUUAAGGUGAGAUUAUCAUCGUAGGCUAGUUACGAUACGGUAGGUACUCUAUAUGUAACCGUAUGUUACCUCCUUGAUUUCAAUGAGUGCUAGUCCACAUGUAUCAUAUAUCAUAUACAUUAACACAACAAAACUCGUACUCUCGAUGCAAGAAUAUAUAUUAUGUACACGACAUAUAUAUAUAUAUAUAUACAUUAUGUAAUAAUUAUAACGAUACGCGGCAGUUGUAGCUAAUCACCUCCCCCGAACGAACAACAGAGGAACAACAGAUUCUGUCGUUCUCGCGGGGACAAGUGUGAAAGAGUCCUUGCGAGGUGCAAGGAUGUCUUCGGGUCUAAUUAAUUGUAAAAUCGGUCAGAAACGUUAUUAUAAUCCGAGGAAAAGAGCCAAGUUUAAAGGAAACGAAGAUGGGAACGUCCUCGCGCGCCGACGAAAACAAGCGUCUCACAGAUCCGAUUCUCGAUCUUCGAGAAGCGGAGAGUAGCACGGGACGUUACAUUCGAUAUCAAUUGUACGACAAUAUAAGGUAUAUAUAUAUUACAGAAUAGAAUGAGACGCAAUAUGAACUUCAUACUUCACUUGUAUGAGACAAAUGUGAGAGAGUAGAGUUAAUUAUUAAUCUCGAUGUUCUGUUUCGCGGCGCGCAACAAGUAUCCCAGAUGCACCGUGAAGGGGAAAAAAGAAAAAAAAAUUACUUAAUUAGAACAUUUCCCUCGAAGAAAAAAAUCAAUCCGCGCGAUCGAACCGUCGAAAUCGGUGAUGGACGAACAACUUAUCACUCUACUUUUACUCGAUCGCGUUUAUAGCGAUAUUAACACCAAAAAAAAAAACGUCCCAUCAAAAGCGUCCCGAGUUCGAUCGUUGGAUCGCGCGUGAAAGUCGCGUGUGCCGCUUCGUCGAUCGCGUUUCCUCGUAUUCUUAUUCCUUCUCUCGUACUCGAGAGGCCGCGUUAAAACACACGGAUGUAUGUUUCCAAGCGACGGACAACGAAAUCAUCGUGGAUCGCGGCACGGCUCACGCGUGGAGGCAACGAUCGCUCGAAUUAUAUCACGUUGUACACCGAUUAUUAACCGAAAAAUUCUCCGAUCGUACGACCGUUUAUAAUUAUACCUUUUAACUGUAACCGUUGAAUAAGAGAAGGUAAGAGGGAAGAAAGAAAGGAAGAAAGGAAGGAAGGAAGGAAGGAAGGAAAGGAUGUUUAAUUAAAUAUGCGAGUAAAAUGCGAGUUCUAUCUGUCAUCGUUUUAGCUGUUAAGGAUUCAUCAGAAGUAAAUAUUGGGGGUAGCUGUAAUCCAGUAAGCGUAAGCGCAAGCAUAUUUAGAAAUACGGAGAGAAGAAAUAAAGUAAAAGUAGUACAAUGUAUAGGUUUGUGUAUAGAGAUACCGAGAGGGCAUGUGUGUGAAAGAGAGAUACCCGGUGUUGGGUGCACGUCGAGUGCUCGUUACCGAUCCUACCGCCGCUUUAUUUCGUUGGAAGGCAUUACGGGCGGAUGGCUAACAAGAUCGUUCCAACUUGUUCGAGAUAUCACGGAAACGGUUUUUCGACCGUUUUCUAUCCUAUCGCGAGCGGCCGAGGAGUGAAACGAUGCCCUUUCGAGGGAUCGAUACAUCGAUAAGCCGGGGUGGUCGUAGGUAACGAGCACGCCGUUUCAUGGAACAUCAAGGGAGUCUUCCUCGUGAUGGCGGCCGAUGCUCGAUGUGCCUGGUGAUCAUUUCACGGCCUUAACUCGAAUUUUCAUCGGGGAUCGAGCGUCUUCGUCGUCGUGUCGUCGCGUUUCUCGAAACGAUCGUGGAACGAAUCGACUGGCUCGUGACCACGAAAUCAUGGCUCCUCCGAAAGGAGUGUGAAAGGAUUGUUAUAUAACGACUCUCGACUGCUUUUAAUCUAUCUCCAGUUUGGAAUUCGUCCACCCGUUUCGAUAUCGAAUAUUUUCCGCCAAUUCGAAAUUUCGAUCCAUCUUGUGAUCCGAUACCAAUCGAGAUGAUUCGACGAUCGAUCCAAAGAGAUUUUAUAUAUCGAUUGGCGCGCCGAUUUCUAUCGAUUUUCCACUCCCAUUGAGAAACGUUUCGAUGAUAAGUGGUGGAAAAUUGUUGGACGAAAAUUGUCGCGUGUUUCCACACACACACACACACAUACACAUACACAUAUAUGUAUAUUCUUCGAUAUACCGGUUUAAUGCUGCGCUAUCAGAUGUGGAAUAUCUUUAUGGUGUCUCCGUAAGACUUUCGACGUGGGCCCCCCCUUAAAACUGACGACACGGACACAUACGUUAACAGAGUUUCUUCGACUAGAAUUGUGUAUUCAUCCAUUGCAUACCAACACAAAAAAAAAAAGAAAAAAAAUAAAUGAAUAAAUAAAUGAAUAAAUAAAUAUUUGCCAUAUUGGACAUUGGUGAAACGUUUUUAUCGAAACGUUUUUGGAUGUCGUUUAUGGUUGUUAAGACAUUGAAAUAUUAAGAACUCUUUAACGAAUUGAGCUAUCUCAUUGUGUUAUAUACACACAUUUAUAAAUAUAUAAAUAUAUAAAUAUAUAUUAUAUAUAUAUAUACAUAAAAAAUAUAUAUGUUGAAGAGUUAAACAUUUACCACUAUGAUGAUCAUACUAAUGCAGCGUAAUGGACGAAUGGCAUGCACUCAAAAAAAGUUAUAAGAUGUUAUUAAUAUACUUCCCAAGUCGAGUAACGCAGAUUAUUGAACUCUUCUGAUGAAUUGAUAAGAAAAAAAAAAAAAGAAGAAGGAAAAAAAAA